UAGCCGUCUUACUUGCCCCUUUUCCCUUCCAAUCACCCUAGCACCAACGAUUUUCCCUUCCAAUUACAAACAACUCUCACACGGCUCUCGACGACCUCACCAACGGAAUUCUCGGCGACCUCACCGACUAAAGUAGCGGCACAGCGACGGAAAAGCAGCGGCACAGUGGUACACUUUCUCUUUUCGCUCUCUGUGUUCUUUUUUGGGAUUGGGGGCGAUUGAUAGCUAAUUGUGUUGGUGAAUAAUGAAGGUGGUUCCCGAUAUAUAAUGCGAUGAUUCGUGAUUGUUAUAGUAAUGAUGAUACUUGUGAAUAGCUGCUGUCGUCAUGAGUGAAUCAUUCACUAUACAGAUCCACAGCAAUUUAGUUAAACAGCUCGCUGAUGAGGGUGAAAAAUUGAAGAAGAAAACGAGGAAGCCAAAAACAAAGAUACAAAGAGAAAACAAGCCAGAGCACGCUAAUGUGCAUCAGAAGCCAAUCUCUAGGGACACUGAUGUAGCGAAAGGGCCUGCUGCUACAGGAUGGCCUGUUCAGCCUCCUUUAUUUAUGCCAGUCCCUCCACCACCUCAUCCUGCAAUUGCAGAAUUAGAUGCUAUUCGAUCUGUGCUCAAAGAGAGCGUGGAGGUUGUGGAGAAGUUGCAGAAACAUGAGGAAAACUUGUUGCAAGAAGUGACAAAGAAGGCGAAGGAUCUACACGAUAAGGAAUUCAAACUUCCGAAUCAAAAGCCUAUCCCUUGCGUAGAUGAGAGAGAUGCCUGUCUUAAAUGCUACAAGGAGAAUGAAAAGGAUCCCCUAAAUUGUGCUAAUGUGGUUCAAAAUUUUGCAGAAUGUGCUCGCAGAGUUAAGCAGCAAGUCAGUCUGGUAGAUAAGUAGAUUUACUUGCAAAAGAUAUUUACAAGUGGUUGCCAUUUCACUUUGGUGGAAAUAAAAGAGUAAUUGUUUUAACCAUGUAGACUUGAAGAAGCUUAUGCUGGUUCUUUUUUGUCCUUUUUUCUUCGGCUUCUAAGUUGUGGAUGCAAAUGAUUUUGUGGCAUUUGACAAAAUGAUAUUUUCCUAACAGGAAUUACAGCUUCUACCUAA